ACCUAGUUUUGAGUCAUGCAUGGACGCUAUUAUAGAAGCUCACACACGUGUAAAAGCUUGUUGGCAGUAACAGUAACAUGCGAGGACCUGGACUUCCCCCCAGGGUUCCAGUUCGGGGCCGCAUCAGCAGCGUACCAGGUGGAAGGCGCUUGGAAUGUCAGUGAUAAAUCCGAAAAUAUAUGGGACAGGCUGGUUCGUGAUAAGCCUGAACUCAUCGCCGACAGAUCCACCGGAGAUGUGGCCUGCGACUCCUACCACCUCUGGAGACGGGACGUCGAGAUGACCGCAGAUCUUGGCUUGCACUUCUAUCGCAUAUCUAUAGCAUGGACGCGACUGCUGCCGAACGGUUUCGCUAACAAGAUCAGCGAGGACGGACUUAACUACUACAACAACGUGAUCGACGGACUUCUUGAGAAAGGAAUUCAGCCGAUGGUGACGCUGUACCACUGGGAUCUGCCGCAAAGUCUACAGGAUCUAGGUGGCUGGACUAACCCCCUCAUCGUGAACUGGUUCGGGAACUACGCUCGCAUCGCCUUCUCCCUAUUCGGAGACAGGGUGAAGACCUGGAUCACCAUCAACGAACCCUUGAUCAUGUGCGACGUGCCAUACAACACUGGAUCUAUGGCACCGGCUAUUGUAAACCCUGACGUGGGCGCCCACCUCUGCGCCAAGAACGUCCUUAUGGCCCACGCUAAAGCGUGGAGAAUUUAUGAUAAGGAGUUCAGGCCGAAGUACCAUGGUGAAUUAUCCCUGGCCAAUCAUUUGAUAUGGUACGAACCGUUCACACCUGAAGAUGAGGAAAUAACGGAAACAGCCAGAGAGUACAUGGCAGGUCGUUACUCCCACCCAAUAUAUUCAAAGGAGGGCGGCUGGCCGCCGGUUAUAGAAAAAAUCAUGGCUGAGAACAGCAAGGCAAAAGGAUAUAGUGAGUCAAACCUGCCAGCAUUUACUAAGGAAGAAAUUGAUUUAGUUAGAGGUACGUUCGACUUCUACGCUGUGAACCACUACACCAGCAGGCAUACGCAGGGCGAAGAGGGUGAGGAAUUUGGUGCCUUCCGCUCAGACGUACCAGACGUCGGAGCUAAAUACGAAAUAAAUCCUGAUUGGAAACCUACAACUUCGUCGUGGUUCUUUGUAUAUCCCGAAGGUUUGCGAAACCAGAUCGUAUGGUUAAGGGAGCAAUACGGGGACAUGAAGUUCAUCGUCACAGAAAACGGAUACGCGCGGUUAAAAGGAUUAGAUGACACAGACAGAAUAGAAUAUUACACUGAAUAUUUAAAACAGCUUCUCCUGGCAAUGAAGGUGGACCAUGUGAAUGUGUCAGGGUAUACGCAUUGGUCACUUAUGGACAACUUCGAGUGGUUAGACGGAUACACAUCAAAAUUCGGGCUGUACGAAGUUAAUUUCACGGAUCCCAUGCGCGAGCGCACGCCACGAGCUUCUGCAAACUAUUAUUCUAAAAUUAUUAAACAAAGGAAACUAGAUAUAUGCUGUUAAAAUACUAAAACCUGGUAUUGUUUUUAUAAAGUGGAUUUAAUGUUUUAAUAAUAUAAUAAAAUUUAUCUAUGCGGCAAAUAAA